AACGAAAAAGGUUUUUGUAUAGAGAGGUCGGAUCACAAACCUGCCGCAGAAUUUUCAAGAUGGCGUCGGGCGGACGAGAUCGAACCCUUCGGUUCGUGAGGGUUGCCGGGAUAGUACAGUUCAUGCAGUCGCGCCUGAUGAAGAAGGCAGACCCGACCAGGCAGGAGGAGGCCGCCCCACCACCUGGCAGGAUCAGGAGACGCCUGUCCAAAAUAAGGAACAGUUUCAGGAUCAAGAAGUACUCGAAGCGGGACGAGGAGGAUGAGGCCUCGGGACGGAGGGAGUCUGCCCCUGCCGCGACGCCGGACGACGCCCGGGAAGGUGGAGGAGCUGCAGCGGCGGCGGAGACAUCAACAAGAGAGGCCGAAGCUGUAGUGGAAAGAGUCUCAUCCCUUGAAGAACACAUACGAACGACCGAAACAGCUGAUGCUAGCGAUGCUUUGGAGGUCCCACCGGAACCAGAAAUCACCAUCGAUAUCCACAAGGAGCCUCCAGCGCCGGAGGAGCUGACACCGGACAUCGAGGAAGUGGCAGAAGACACUCCGGGGGAUGUACACGUGGAGGAAGAUGCUCAGGAGGAAAAGGAGGACAUCGAAACGCUAGAAACAGUGCCAAAGGAACCGAAAAUCCAGAAGACUGUCGAACCGGAAGAAGUAAAGUUUGAACCGAAAGUAGAGGAGCAUGCACCAGAUGUACAUGAGAUUGUACCAGAAGUUGAGGAGAGUGUACCGGAAGUAGAGGAGCUUGAACCGGAAGUAGAAGAGAUUGAAUCGGAAGUAAAGGCGUUUGAACCGGAAGAAGAUGAAGGUGAAGCAGCCGUAGCGGCCACAAAAAUCCAGGCUGGAUUUAGAGGUCACCAGAGCAGGAAGAAGGUGAAGAAGCUGAAGGAGGAGAAAGACGCAGCAGUCAAGAUCCAGGCGGGAUACCGCGGGUGGAAGACAAGGAAACAAGUCAGCGUCAAGAGAAGGGACGUACCGGGUGCAGAGGCUGAUCACGUGACAGAGGAAUCACCAGAAUCCGUGACUGAAGAAGAGUCGUCACUAUCCAUGCCUACUGACGUCACAGAGCUGCACGUUGUCAUGGAAACGGAGAGCCGGAUAGAACCCCCUGCGACGUUCGCGGUCGACACAUCCCCUGUUGAGGAAGCGGCACCAUCUCCAGUAGCAGAAUCCUCACCAACUGAGUUGUUCGCGAAACAACCGGAUACACCUCCGUCUUCUCCGGAAGUGACGCAGCCAGAGAUUGCCGAGACGCCGUCUCCGACGGAAGCCGAGUCGCCCGAGACGUCGUCGCCCGAGAAGACCUCGCCGGCUCCGUUCUCCAAGCCGACUCCGCCGACUCCACCGCCCACCCCGGCCGAGUUCGACAUGCUUGGCGGUGGAACUGAAGCAACUGAGCCCGUCUUCAGCAAAGAACCCAUUUUUGAGGGAGAAGUUGAACCAGCUAUGAUGAAGGCUGUCACGGAAAAGCUGGACGUUCUGGAGAAGGAAACUGUAGAGGCGAGUGAGAAGGUUCUAUACCAGCCCGGUACGGAAGUCUCUUUUGUGGCACCUCCUCCUCUAUUACCGGAGCCCGUGGAAACCGUUGCUAAGGAAGAGGUAGAGUUCUCAGAGCCUGUUGAGGAACCAUCCGUAAUGGUCGUUGAAACGAAGACUGUGGCGAAACAGGAGAACGAAGUCUACCCCUGCCUCAUCGCUGAAUCGUUCGACAAGCCCACGCCGGAAGUCGUCGUGACGUCAGAGAGAACCGUCUCCAUGGAGACGGGCCCCGAGGGGAAAACGCAGACCGUCGUCAAGGUGGAGCACACCGUCGUCAAGGAGAUCACCACCGUGGUGACGCCCAAAUCCUCUGAGGUCGUCACCACAGAGGAAAGAACUGCCACGUCCGUGUCGAGCGACGAGCGGAGCAGCGAGGAGCAGGUCACGGUGGUGGAGGCGUCGGACGACGACACCUUCGAAGAGUCCGGGUUGGAGCCUGCCAGAAAUAGUGGACCAAAAGACAAGGGAGCUGAACUGGACCGGAACAGCGCCUCGUUUACGGACAAGUGGGAGCCUGAACCGGGUGAGAGUUAG